CCUCCCACCCCGCUGCGGAGCGUCAGCUUCCUGGAUCUCCCCACCUUUAGCGCGAUCAACGAGAGGACACCGCCAGCAUCUAGAGCAGCCCGGUCAGGAGCGUGACAGAGUGGCGCACGAACGUGAAAGAAAGCCGUGCCUUCCUGUCCCCAAGCCAUUCUAGACGCGGGAAAAAUGCUUUCUGAAAGCAGUUCAUUUUUGAAGGGUGUUAUGCUCGGAAGCAUUUUCUGUGCUUUGAUCACUAUGCUAGGACACGUUAGAAUUGGUCAUGGAAAUAGAAUGCACCACCAUGAGCAUCAUCACCUACAAGCUCCUAACAAAGAAGAUAUCUUGAAAAUUUCAGAGGAUGAGCGCAUGGAGCUCAGUAAGAGCUUUCAGGUAUAUUGUAUCAUCCUUGUAAAACCCAAAGAUGUGAGUCUUUGGGCUGCAGUGAAGGAGACUUGGACCAAACACUGUGACAAAGCAGAGUUCUUCAGUUCUGAAAAUGUUAAAGUAUUUGAGUCAAUUAAUAUGGAAACAAGUGACAUGUGGUUAAUGAUGAGAAAAGCUUACAAAUAUGCCUUUGAUAAGUAUAGCGACCAAUACAACUGGUUCUUCCUUGCACGCCCCACUACAUUUGCUAUUGUUGAAAACCUAAAGUACUUUUUGUUAAAAAAGGAUCCAUCACAACCUUUCUAUCUAGGUCACACUAUAAAAUCUGGAGACCUUGAAUAUGUGAGUGUGGAAGGAGGAAUUGUCUUAAGUAUAGAAUCAAUGAAAAGACUUAACAGUCUUCUGAAUAUCCCUGAAAAGUGUCCUGAACAGGGAGGAAUGAUUUGGAAGAUAUCUGAAGAUAAGCAGCUAGCAGUCUGCCUGAAAUAUGCUGGAGUAUUUGCAGAAAACGCAGAAGAUGCAGAUGGAAAAGAUGUAUUUAAUACCAAAUCUGUUGGGCUUUUUAUUAAAGAAGCAAUGACUAAUCACCCCAACCAGGUAGUAGAAGGAUGUUGUUCAGAUAUGGCUGUUACUUUUAAUGGACUGACUCCUAAUCAGAUGCAUGUGAUGAUGUAUGGAGUAUACCGUCUUAGGGCAUUCGGACAUCUUUUCAAUGAUGCAUUGAUUUUCUUGCCUCCAAAUGGUUCUGACAAUGACUGAGAAAUGGAAAAAACGUAUUUGAUUACCAUAUAAGACGUGUUAUUGUUUGUAAUAACAGCUACAUAUCUUACUACAGCAGUAUGUUUUUUUUUUUUUAAUCUGGUGGCACUGGUACAAUCACACAUUAAAGUUUAUUAGUACAUUUUUAAACAGGGUGAUAUUUUUUCCUUAAAAGACAAUCUAAAUGUGUUAAAAUGUUUUAAGAAUAAUUUUGCAAAUAAAGGAUAUAUUUAUAAAUACUAUUUAUGUGAUAAAUUCUAAACAUUAAGAAUUUGACAUAUUUUUGCUAAUUGGUUAGAAAAAUUUAACAUGUCUUUUUAACUUUCUAAUAUAGUGAAGUGAAAUCUCUAGUUGUGAAUUUGUGAUUAAAGCAAAACUUUUAGCUCUGUGUUUCCUUUACUCCUCAUGUAGAUUUAUGUUCUAAGCCUCCUCAAGUGCCAGUGGAUUUGCCCUCUCAAAAUAUACAACCAAGCAACCAAGGAAAUGUUCCUAGCCACUAUUAAAGAAAAGUUGAAUUCUAUCCCUGUGAGAAAAUGUAGUGGUAUUCCUCAGCAUACACAGUUUCUAUGUGACUCUGUAUUUUGGUAUGCAUAUACCAAAAUUGGAGAGGUGACUAUAAAGAAUGUAAUGUCA